CUUGUACGUAACAAAGCGAACUUGUGCGUAACAAAGCGGAGAGAGGCAGAACCCGGCGUUCCACUUCCGUUCUCCAUCCAUGAACAAGAUCGCGCCAUGAUCCGCGAUACGAUUGUAGAGGCGAUCGUUCUCGCUCCGGAUUUAACCCGCUUACAGCUGUGUGUCUGUAUCUACAACAUCAUUAAGAACGAUUUCCCCGGCCGGUGGACGCAGGUGGUAGACAAAAUUAAUAUUUACCUGCAGAAUCGGGAUGUGAACGAAUGGAACGGAGCCCUGAUGUGUAUGUACCAACUAGUAAAGAAUUACGAAUAUAAAAAAUCCGCCGAUCGAGCUCCGUUAACCGAAGCAUUAAAUCUGCUGCUCCCACAGAUGUACAAUCUUAUGAUGAACGUCUUAAAUGAUCCAUCAGAACAGAGCGUUCUGAUGCAGAAACUCAUCCUCAAGAUCUUCUACGCCCUUACGCAAUACGCUUUGCCGCAAGAAGUAAUCACUAGAGAAAUAUUCUCGAACUGGAUGGAAAUCUGCCGCCAAAUUCUUGAUCGCGCGGCUCCCGAUUCUUCUCACAUCGAUGAAGAUGAACGCCCAGAAAUGCCAUGGUGGAAAGUGAAAAAAUGGGCCUCUCACAUCGUACUGCGGAUGUUCGAGCGAUAUGGCAGCCCGGGUAACGUGGUUUCGAAAGAUUACAACGAUUUCGCCGAAUGGUUUUUGCCGACUUUUACAAGCGGUUUACUGAACGUGCUGCUCAAGGUUCUGGAUCAGUAUCGCAAUAAAAUCUACGUUUCUCCGAGGGUCAUGACGGAUACGCUCAACUAUAUUAAGCAUGCAGUUUCACAUGCCCAUUCGUGGAAAAUGCUGAAACCGCAUUUUAUCGCCAUCAUUCAAGAUGUCAUCUUUCCACUGAUGUCCUACUCGGAAGCCGACAAGGAGCUGUGGGAAGCUGACCCGAUUGAGUACAUCCGACAGAAGUUUGACAUCUUUGACGAUUACACCACGCCCGUUCCGGCUGCUGAAACUCUGCUACAUAACUGUUGCAAAACACGAAAAGGGGUCCUUCCGCAGGUGAUGCAGAUCAUUAUGCAAAUAAUCAAUGCACCGAAUCUGAACGCCAAACAGAAGGAUGGUGCACUGCACAUGGUCGGAUCGUUAGCGGAUGUGCUAUUAAAAAAGAAAGUCUUCAAAGAUCAGGUGGAGAAUCUAAUUAUGCAAUACGUAUUUCCGGAAUUCAACAGUCCUCAUGGACAUUUACGUGCCCGCGCAUGUUAGGUGCUGCACUACUUUAGUGAAAUCAAGUUAAAAAAUCAACAGGUGCUAGCAGAAACUAUGCGUCUCACUUCGCACGCUCUGCUGAACGACAAAGAACUUCCAGUAAAGGUGGAAGCUGCGGUUGCCUUACAAAUGUUUCUCAUCUCGCAGGAGAACGCACCCAAGUACUUGGAAAACCAGAUCAAAGAAAUCACCAUGGAACUUCUGAAAAUUAUCCGCGAAACAGAGAAUGAAGACCUAACCAGCGUCAUGCAGAAAAUUGUUUGUAUCUAUUCCGAUCAGCUUCUCCCGAUUGCCAUUGAUAUUUGCCAACACUUGGCCACCACGUUCAGCCAGGUGCUUGAGGACGACGAACGAGCCAUCACCGCUAUGGGUUUGCUGAACACGAUGGAAACCUUGCUGAGCGUGAUGGAGACACAUCCUCAAGUUAUGCUUUCCCUGCAUCCGAUUGUGCUGCAAGUCGUUGGCCACGUGUUGCAACAUAAUGUCAACGAAUUCUACGAAGAGGCCUUCUCACUGGUGUACGAUCUGACGUCCAAGGCGAUUUCGCCCGAUAUGUGGAAGUUGCUUGAAAUUAUUUACCAGCUAUUCCAAAAAGAUGGCAUCGAUUACUUUGUCGACAUGAUGCCGGCACUCCAUAACUACAUAACUGUCGAUACGCCUGCAUUUUUGUCCAACCAGAACCACGUUUUGGCUAUGUUCAAUAUGUGCAAAACAAUACUGACAGGCAACACCACCGAAGAAUCUGAAUGUAGUGCAGCCAAACUGUUGGAAGUAAUCAUCCUACAGUGCAAGGGUAGAGUGGUUCUUUCUAGCUCAAUUCUCGUGGAGAGUGCCCGGACCUGAAAGACUGAUCUGCGA